CGUCUGCCAAACAGAUCAAACCAAAAGAUUGUUAGAAGAGUUUAAAAUAAAAAUUAAUACAAAAAACUCAAUAUAUUCAUAUAAUUUUAAAAAUGCUGAAACAAGUGAUUGGAGUUCUUUUUAUUGCCUUGUGCCUGAUGCACAGUGCCUCGGCCAUCAAGUGCUAUCAGUGCAAAUCCCUGACGGAUCCCAACUGCGCCAAGGAUAAGAUCGAUGCCGCAUCCAACAUCCGGUCCGUGGAUUGCGACACUGUGCCCAAACCCAACACGAUGGAGCAACUGCAGCCAGUGACCAGGUGCAACAAGGUGGUCACCAGCGACCGUGCUGGAACAAUUGUAUCUCGGGAUUGCCACUUCGAGUCCAUCGGUCAGAAGGAAAACGAGUGCACAGUGACCCACAGUCGCCAGGUGGAGAGCUGUUUUACCUGCAAAGGUGACUUGUGCAACGCCUCCGGAGCGGGACGCUUCUUGGCUAUCAGCGCAACUGCUCUCCUGGCGAUCUUCGCCGUUCACAUGAGCUUGUGAGGGAUUUAAAGCCGAUCCAGAAGUUCAUAAUAUAAAUGUUGAUAACAUACCUGUACAAACAAAAAGUAAAUUUUAAAUAAAAGUCUUUGAUAAAACAAAAAAAGUAAA